AUGCAGCAAGAAUUUGAUGUUCUUUUGGAAUAUUGGAUUCAAUUGCGCUUUUGUUUGAAUGAAGCUUGGGACACGUUGAUCUUAUCACCAGUUCACUGUAAAGUCCCAGGGGUUGCGUAUACACACCCUGAGGUUGCAUUUGUUGGGAAGAUGGAGGAGCAGAUGAAGGAAAUUGGUGUUGAAUACUGCAUCAGGAAGUUUCCUUUGCUGGCCAAUAGCAGGGCUAAGGUAAUAGAUAAUGCUGAAGGGUUGGUAAAGAUUUUGGCCGAAAAGGAGACAGACCAGAUAUUGAGAGUGCAUAUUAUAGCACCAAAUGCUGGAGAGCUCAUUCAUGAAGCUGUUCUGGCAUUACAGUAUGGUGCUGCAAGUGAGGACACAGCACAUGUUUGCCAUGCACAUCCAACAAUGAGCAAAGCGGUGAAAGAAGCUACAAUGGCUACUUUUGACAAGCCCAUUCAUAUUUAA